CACGUCCCGAAGGGAUCAGUCGCUAGAGAUCCGAACUUUCUGAAUACCUAAACCCCCCUCUGUCUUCUCGGCCUCCGGAGCCCACGACGCAGCCGCCGGCCGGCAGAGGUACAAAACAAUGGCGGCGGCCGCGGGUGACUGCGGCAGCGUGCCGCGGAAGACCACCAGAGCGGAGGCACCUUCCGCCUCUGAUGUCCCGCCCGUACCCCGGCAUAUCAUGCCGCACGAGGAGUGCGUCGCCGGCGUCCGCUCGGCUCUCAAAGAUCCGACGGUGCGGUUCCUGAGGGAGCGGAUGGAGAAGGCCGGGUGCACCGUGUGGCCGAUGCUGAUCCGGGCGGCCACCUGCGCCUCUGCCGGGGGCUACGCAAGCCGCGAGGGGAUAGAAGUUUGCUGUAAUCACAUGGAAUAUCCCGAUCAGAUAACUCAGACCAUAACUCAUGAGUUAAUACAUGCUUAUGAUGACUGUGUUGGCAAGAACAUGGACUGGACGAACUGCGCUCACCAUGCUUGCUCUGAGAUUCGAGCUAAUCAUCUUAGUGGCAAUUGCCAUUACAAACGGGAACUGAUGAAAGGCUUCCUGAAGAUAAGGGGGCAUGAGCCUGAAUGUGUUAAAAGACGUUCGCUGGAAUCUGUCAAGAACAACCCUUACUGUUCAGAGACAGCUGCAAAGGAUGCAAUUGAGGCUGUGUGGAAUAUAUGCUACAACGACACACGCCCGUUUGAUAGGGCUCCAUGAAGUGCAAGCUGUUGAGAGAGUUUUGUGUCCUUUCAGAUGAGCUCUGUGAAGUUCAAGCCUGUGGGACAGGUUAGUUUCCCUUGAGAUGGGCUCCAUGGAGUACAAGCCUGUAGGGACAGUUUAGUAUCGCUUCAGAUUGUACUUCAGCAGAGCAUCACAACAAAAUCCGGAAAUUUGGCGCUGAACCAAAACUUUGAAUGUAUAUUAGUCCAAACAAUGUAACAGAUUAUUCCAUGCAAUUGAAUUCUUUUGCCUGGCACAUUGUGACAGAGUUCACUGAGCUCAAAAUAAAACUGGGCGUAACUGAUUAA